UUUGAAAACACAGAGGAUAUCGCACUAUCCUCAAACACCAAGUGGGAGGAAGAUUUCUUGGCCCAGCCUGAGGGCAAUGUGUGGAAUCAAGAGAAUGACGAACCAAUAAACUGGAACAAAAGGUUGGGCGGCAAACAAGCCAAGACAGCAGCCGAAGCAUAUCGUGAGGCGAACAAUGUUGGUCGGGCGAAGAACGAAAAGGAACCCAACAUUGAUGGUGAAAUCGAGAAGCAAGAGAAGAAAGGAAGAGAAGAGAAAGCGGGGAAACAGGUUGAAGAACAGAUACCCGACGACGGAGCCGGCAAAGGAAGGCCAGGUGAGGAGCCACUGAAUUCUGAAGCUGAGGCACAGGCGGGUUCUCCGGGGGGAAAUAAAGGCGAGGUCGAAGCGGCUGUUGGUAAUCCUUAUCCAGGAGAAGCUUAUUAUGAGCAUCAAGACGAAUUGGCUGCUCAAGAACAUGCAGGUGAAGACUUUGGCAUCCUUGCUCCUGAUGAGAAAACAGGAGAAGCUCCAGACGAGCCUCAAUCAUCUUCUGCGGACAUCGAUGCCAAUGCGGUCGCUCAUGCCUUACCCCUUGCUGGUUAUGACCUUCCAUCUUCGAAUCCAACCACAGACAGUCCAAGUAACAGUCCCAGCACCUGGCAGGCAGCUAGGACUUUCAACCCAACCGAAAAUAUACCUACCUCUUCUGCUCCAAGUUCGGCGCCGAGCGGCAGCCCGAGCCAAACCCAAAGUCCAAGUCUUAGCCCUUCACAACCUAGUCAAUCCGGAGAAGAUAGCACGACCAACUUGGGGGGAGUCACCGUCGUUGGUUGGGAUAGCAACAACAAUGGUAACAACAGUGGCAAUAAAGUCGGAAAAGAUGACAGCAACACAGUCGAAAAUGCGGUACCUGAGGAUGAAGCUGGAGAAGAUAUCAACCUGCUUGGGGGCGUAACUGUAGUUGGUUGGGGCAGCAUCGCUGGUGAUGGUGUUGGCAUUGACAGUGGCAGCACCACUACGGAAACUCCCACAUCUGCCAGUCCGACUACGGAAGCCCCUACAUCUGCCAGUCCCAGUACAGCCAAUCCUACCACUCCAACUCCAAGCACGACAAGCCCUUCCUCCUUUGCUCCCGCAGGAGUCCAGAAUGGAGGUGAUAGCUCAGGGAUCAACAAAUCUCUUAGAGUGAAAGAUGACCCCACAGAGUUAUCCAGAGAUCAUGUCAAAGAUGAUUUUGCUGGGAAUGAGCAGACAGACGAUUUCUGGUGGGAUGGAGAAGAGCAGAAUGCGGCAAUAGCAUCAAUACCCACACAGAAUCCAGGAGCACCGCCCAACUCAACAGAAGACAGGAGCGACUGUCGCAUUUGCUCCAGUGGAAACAAACCGUUGAACCCAAACAGAGUGAUUAUGCAUACCAAACAAACUUGCCAAGAACUGGCUGAAGAGCUUGACUUGGCCCCUGUAGCAUCUUGCACCGCAAAGAAGACAAUCCUUCCGAUUGACGUGGAGGCAUAUUGCGGUUGCGAGGGUGUCACAAUGACGAGCUGGUGCACAUUCUGUCCGCAAGGAACCAGCAACAUAUAUCGCGAUGUCACCAUACCUUCGCUCAAUAUGAUGUCCUGUGGGGACGUUGAAUUGCAUUCUUCCUUCAUCACCGUUCCCGGGGUUUGUGAGAGUUUGGGGCAUCUUUCAAGUCUCUGCUGCGGAACCUUGGAUACGUACUGGCGCCCACCACUAGAACAGGAAACAGAAAUAGAAAGAGACUGGGGCUCAGGAGACGGGUGA